CGACAAAUCGUUUUAUUGUUGGCUCGUCAGGCGGCACGAGACUCGCGGGUUUUAGCAUGCAGUUGUUGAAAUGAAAUGCUAACACAUUUUGAAACCAUCAUUAGACACGCGGCUGCUGAAAUAUUUACAUUAAACUUGUAAUCCACCACAUGUGAAGGGACAAAUCGAAGUGUAUCUGAAGUUGUCGCGUUGGAGCAUUUGGAUUUCACAUCAAUAUAAACAGGAUUGCGACAUAAAUGUGGCCGAUCCCUGAAGGAGGCGGUCUGCACUGGUGGAAACUGGCAAGUUCUGUCUCCGAGGAAAACACUGAGUCACACUCCCCAGUCCCCACAGCUCUACUGUAAAAAGGAGAUCUAGCCUUGGUUACACGGUUCAAACUAAGCCUUAACUUCCUGGGGCGUAUUGGUCUUACCAGACUGGUUCUCCAGUGUACUAACUCUGGUGUCUGAGACAUCUACCCUGAUCGGGAGGAGAUGAGCUGGGCAGAGGAGGACUGGACAGUGGGCCUGUCUGGCCGGGCCCUGCAGAAGGUCAAGGAGCUGCAGGUCCAGCAAGAGAGGCUGAACAGAGAGAGACAGCAGAAACAGCUGCAGCUGGACAGCACACAGACCUCCCUCAACAAACAGACUGUCAAGUAUGAGGAGGUGCGCGGGGAGCUGCAGUGUGUACAGAGGGAGUUACAGGGGGCUCGUGAGGAGGUGCAGGCAGGUGUGUGUGCACGGGAGCGUCUCUCUCAGGAUCUCCAAGUGAAACAGGCCCAGGUGUGUUCACUGGAGGGACAGCUGGGCUCAGCACGAACCCUCACACACACCCUCGAAAAGGAGGUCAAAAGGUUGGAGGCAGAGCUAGAGAAGUUACAGAACACUAACAGCUCUGGAGAUUCGAUGUUGUUUUCCACCCCGUGCUGGAGUAUGACAUCACCAUGGGACCACAAUGGUGGGAGACAGGAGGAAAGGCAGGGACACAGAGGCGAGGGGGACAAUAAAGCACCACACGUCAGACAACAGCUCAAAUUCUCUGAACCUGGAUUCUCACCCACGCCUAUGUUCCCACAACAACAAGCCAAGGGCACGCCCCACCGGCGCCUGUCACACCAAUCAGACUCCACUCCCUCAGCUGUGUUUCCAUGGGAACGAGAAGACCCAAAGCCUUCCACCAGGGGACGACCCGCUCCUCCUCUCUCCUCCUCCAGCGAUGUCAGACGAGGCCAGGAAGCUGGGGAUUGUGGGAUGGUGGAGGAAUUCAGGAGAGAGACAGACAUGUCGGGGUGUGUAGCAGAGCUGCAGGGGCGUAUGCGUGGCCUACAAGAGGAGCUGAAGGCUGAGUGUGAGCGGUUCAGACAAACCCAGGAUGCUCUAGCCAACGCCAGGAAAGACCUGACCACCAGAGAACAAAGUCUACAGAGGGCCAAGGAUGAACUGAGCCUCGCUCACACGCGCAUCUCACAGGAGAGCGAUCGGGCCCAGUCGUUGGAGCAGCGUGGGAAGCAGCUGCAGGAGGAACUGAAGUGUCAGAGACAGAACACUGAGAGCAGCCGCCUGCAGCACCAGCAACGCACCAGAGACCUGGACAAGCAACACCAGAGGGACUUGUUGGAGCUGCAGAAAGAGUGUCAGUCUGUGGAGAAACGGCACCAGCUGGAUGUUAACAAACUGAACCAGGAGGUCCAGCAGGCCAGAACACUACACAACACACUACAGGCCCAGUCUGAGAAGGUGACCCUUCAGAAGCAGGCGUUGGAGAGGGAUGUAGACAUUCUGAAAGAGAAAGUCAAAUGGACUGAGGGGGAACUGAAGGAGAGCCAGAAGAAAGAGGCCCAAACACAAACCAAACUAACGGAGACAGUGCUUGAGAGGGAGGGGUUGAAUGUUACUCUGGAGCAGAACAGGAGGAGAGAGAGGGGACUGGAGGAGGAGGUGAAGAAUCUGACUGAGGAUCUGGCUGAGGCCCGCCGACGUGUCAAAGAACUAGAAGACCAGAAGACAGUCCAGCCCUCUGUUGCUCCAAUGACUCCAGUUCCGUUUAGCCCUGCAGGACAGAGCUUUUCCCCAGUCUCACCACCACGACAUGGCCGCCACGCCCCACACACACCCUCGGCUCAGACCAACAGACCUGCCAGAGAGGAGCGAGCGAGGGAGUCAGAGGAGAGAGGGAAUGAGGAACGGAGAGCAAAGUACCCCACAGAGAGAGAACCUGGAGAGGGCAUUGACUCAGAACACAUCACUGAGUUUGGAUCCACAGACUCUGAAAAACGACAGAGGGCAGGAGGGAGGGGGGAGGAGAGGAAACGAGAGAAUGAGAGAAAAGACGAGGCAGAGUCCGUAGUAGAUGGCUGCAUCCCUGGAAAGGGAGCAUCUACCAAGGACAAAAACACACUUGACACACCGAGCUCUCUUUCUCCAACAGACCAAAGUCCCCACCUCACCAGCUCCGCUGGCUCCGACACAGACUACGAGAGCGAGACCCUGUCCAGCCACUCCAAAGCCCGAGCCCAGACCACCAGGGCUGAGGGAGACCUACAGAGGGAGAACAGAGAGCUGCGUUCAGAGCUGCAGGACGUUAAGGAUGAGUUACAAAGGAGACUGGAGGAUCUGGAGACCCAGCGCAGAGCGGAGGCCGAGGCCAGGACCAGGCUCAAGCAGCUCAGCCGCAAACACGCCUCCCAAACCAAGACCUCCAGAGAGACGGAUGAGGAGGAGGAGAGGGCCGAGAUGGGGAGGUUGAAGGAGGCACUGGCUGAACUUGAGAUACAGGUCAGGACAGAUGCAGAGGACAGGGAGAGAGUGGAGGAAAGGAAAGGGAGGGAGAGAGACGACCGGGAGUCUGAAAGCAUGCUGCUGAAUCUCCAGCUAAAGAAGCAACUGGCUGAGUUGAAGACUGAGCUCUUGAUAGAACAGGAGGAGAGAGAAAGGGAAAAGGAGGAGGAGAGGAAGAGAUUGAAAAACAAAGGGAUCGAAGGAACGAUUGAACUUACUGUGAAGCUGGAAGAGCUCCAGGCAGAGUUGGAGGAGCUGAAGAACCGUGGAGGUCAUGAAAGGAAGAACAUGGGAGAUAAAAACACCCCUCUGACAUAUCUCACCCUGCACCGUGACAUCCCCUCUAACUCCAACAAGCUACUACCAUCUCCAGACCAGCACCAUCUCCUGUGUGAGUCCACCACUGUUGUCCCGCAGGCAACAACAGCUGAUCUGAUCCGGGAAGAAGGAACUCUGAACAAAGCACCAGAACUCUCCAGACCUAUUGGUGAGGGAGAGGCCAUUGUGGAGGCUCAGAGGGGUAUGUCUGCCUCUGAGCUGGGUGAAAUCACUGUGGAAGCUGAGAAAGGGAUAUCUUCCUCAGACCAGGGAGAGACCAAUAAAGACACUCUGAGAGGUGUAUCUCCCUCGGACAUGGAGAAAACCCCACUGGCACUCCAGAGUGCAGGCUUCUCUGCCUCAGAGCUAGCCCAAGAGGUGGAGCGUCUGCGGGGGGAGAGUGCCAGGGAGGCUGGGCGAGCUAUACACUCCCAGGCAAAGCUGGAGGCUUUACAGAGCCAGGUGACCAGGCAGACCCAGCAGCUGACCCUGGCCUUCGACCACCAGAGCAGACACAUCCAGGACCUGCUGGCAGAGCUGCAGGAGAAGGAGGGCGGCCUUCUCAGGCAGGGAAAGGAACUGCAGCGCUGCAGAGAUGAACUGGCCACGCUCAAACAGGGGAUGGAGAAAGAGAGAGAGAGACGAGAGGAAGAGAGACAGGAGGAGGAGAUAAAGAGCACUAGGGUAACUAUAACCCCUCAGCAGGCUGACCAUUACACAGAUAUACAUCAGAUGACACAUAGCACUCAGAAUGAGUCUGCCUCCGGGAUAGAAGAGACUACAGACAUAACAAUCAACCCACUGAACACUACCCAGGCUUCCUCUGCACUUUGUGAUGAGGGAGGUCAGCUGACCACUCCACAGAAAAACUGUGUCACUGAAUGGCAUGAUGUAACAGAUAGCAGUACCACUCUGGGCGGCCAUCCUGCUGAACAUAAUACAGAGAAGAUGGUGGAUUCUAAGACUUCUGCCCAGCCAGGCAGGAGUGAAGAGAUGAGAAACAAAGAGAAAUUCAAAUCUGACAGUUUAACUGUAACAUGUUCCAAAGGGCAGAUGGAACCGUCUGAGAGUUCUGAGAUGAAACGCAUCCGUAGUGAAGAACAACAUUCAACAAAGGAGUUACAGCUAUCUCAGAGAGACCCGAGUCUAACCAGGACUGAGAACACAUGUUUUACUGCAGAGCUGGAGAAAGCUUCUGGUCCUAUCAACAGACCAGAAGACACCAGUGGACAGGACAGACAAGAUAGCGGAGAGAGUUUGGCUGUAGAGCUGCAGUCUCUAAAACAGAAGAACGAACUGCUGAAACUGACACUUCCAGAUGUGGCAAACACAGACCAAGAAACUAGUUCUGUCAGUAACACAACACUACCAGCGACUUGUGAAGAACCGGCUGAAAGAAAAGCAAAGAGAAGGAAAAGAAAGAAGCAGAGAGGAGGACAGGAAGUUAAUUCCACCUCUGGAGAGCUAAAGCAAAUCAGUGACAUUAUCACCUCGGGACGUGAGGCCACACUGCAUGAUGGAGGGAAACCUGUAGAUGAAGAGAGAGGGGGAGUAGAGUCUGAAGGAGUAAAGGAGAUAGGGGGAGUAGAGUUGGACGGAGGGAGGGAGACGGGAGAGUGA